ACUUUUGCAGCGCGUACGUGCGGGUGCCACAAAAAAAGAGAGCUGAGCUAAACUGAGCUGAGAGCGUGCGUUUAACCGUUUAUUGCCGACGCGCGCGUGUCAAAUAAAUACAAAUACAUAAAUACUUGAUAUACAUACAGAUGAAUACAUACAUAUGUAUAUACUAUGCAUAAAUUAAUUAACUUGUUGCCAAUUAAUGUGUAAUUACAAUUACCAUUAUAAUUACAAUUACAAUUGUUAGUUCAAGUGAAAGUGCACGCGUUAUGCUGUUCAGUGACAAAUACUCGACAAAUUAAUAAUAACAACAACAACAACAGUGAACCACAAGUUGCAGAUGGAAAGCAACGCAUUUGUUAGCAGCCAUUUGCCAUCACAAGCGCUUGUUGUACUAUCGGAGGCCGCUUCCGGUUUGCAUGAGGCACUGCGUGGACAACGCCCGUUUCCAGCGAGAUUACCUGACGCCAAAGAUCUACACAACAUGUCACUAGUCGGCAACUACAGCACCCAAUUCCUGCACAACUUCCAUCCGCAUCUGCUGCAGACCCUCAACCAUGGAAUGCUGGCGGCAAAUGGAGCAGCUGCCGCUGCUGCAGCCGCUGGAGCUCCGGGCAGUUAUUUUGCCAGCGAGCGGUCGGCGCUGGGGAAGCCGUCGGUGCUGUCGAACUUCUCACUGCCGUCGGCAUUUUCCCCUCCCAAAUACAUAGGCAUAUCUCUGGACCAGAAUCUUUUCAAUGGCAGCGAAUCAUUUCGCACGGAUUCGGCCAGUCCCACGUGCACAUCACACGAAUCCAUGGAGGGAUCACAGGAUUACGAUGCCGUUGAAAAGGGUGAAAGCCCGCGCAGCAAUAACUCUCAGGAUCCCAGGGAUUUGAGACAUCUGCAUAACGUUAGCAAGGCGCAUACGGUGGCCUCAUCCUCGACGGCAUCCAGCAGCUCCUCAUCCUCCUGCUCGACCAGCUCCGCUGUGGCGGCCAUUAGCUCGGCGGCCGUCGCAGCGGCGACCAGCAGCGCAGUCGUCUCCAUGGCCAACCAUCUGGCGGCGCAUCAGUCAUCGCCGGCACACCAUCAUCCGCAUCAUCAUGGCCAUCAUGUGGGUGGCGGGACGGGGCCUCCGCCGCCUACGCAUCAUCAUAUGUCGCAUGCUCAUCCCCAUCCGCUUUCCCACCAUGCGGCACAUCAUGCGGCUCUGGCCAGUCUCAGCAUGGCCGGACUGCGUGCGGUUCCGGGUGGUUUAAGCCUGGUCAGCGGUUUGCAAGCCGCUGCUGCUGGCGGUGCCAUUCCCGAUCUGUGUCCCGUCUGCGGAUUGAAGCUCAGCCCCGAGGAGUGGCACACACACUUCCUCACCGAACUGGAUCGCCUGUACAAGCUGAGCGCCGGAUUCGAACGCUCCAAUCUGCAGGCGACCUACAUGUUUGCCCCACCCUGUCCGGCUCAGGAGAAUGCCAUUCGCACCAGCCACAAUCGCUGGGAGACAUUUCAACGCAUUAGAAAUAAUCGCCAAAACCGUCUGAGGCUGAAGGUGCGCAAGCGUAAAUACGGCGAGAUGUACAUGAUGGAGAGUCUCUACUGUAGCAGCUGUCCCAUAUGCAAGCGCAAGUAUGCGCUGGAGACAGGAAAGCUUCCUCCAGAGGACGAUGCCAAAAUGCAGGAUGAGAUCGAAACGGUGGACGUGGAAAGCUGCAAUGAUGAUGUGCCCGACUCUGGCUCGGAAGCACCAGGAGGAGCUGUGGGUGGAAUGAAUAGCAAUCUGCCACCCUCCAGCAUGCACAAUACCAAUGCACAGCCGGGUAAAUUGGAUGGCAUACUCUAUCGCACGGCAUGCGUUAUUAAUCAGAAGGAUGUCCAUGCAGAUGAUCAGGAUGUGAGCACCAAUGUGACAACUGCGAGCAGCAGCAGCGUCAGCUGGUCUGGAGAGACAACGCCCAGUUCACAUACACAGGCACAUAUCAGCGUGAAAAACGUCAGCGAGCUGUCAUCUACCACACAUCACUACUACAACGCGGACUCCUGCGGAGUGGGCGGAAACGAGCACAGCAACAAUAAUAACAACAAUGGCAGCAAGGAGCUAAUGAUGGACACGGCAUCGUGUCAGAACGACAGCGACGAGGAUGUCAUUGUGGAUGACGAUGAGACAGUGAAAAUGACGAGCAAGUCGCACAGUUACAAACGGCGACAGGAGGAGAACGUGGGCAGCAGCAGAAGCCUGGAGAAUAUCUCACCCAAUGAGGAGCGUCCACGCUCGGAGCCGCAGGUCAGCAGCACUGAGCCUGGCCCCAUGGACAUCUCCCACAGCAGCAGCAACAACAAUAACAAUAAUAACAACAACAACAACAACAAUAACAACACAACAACAGCAACCAAAUAUGUCGAGCCCAUGGAGAACAGCCUGUCGCAGUUAUCGUCUAUGGGCGUGCCGGGAUUAACACAAUUGGACACAAAGGUGGGAAUUAGUUCGGAUUUAAAACCGGACGAUGAAAACAAAUGUUUCAUUUGUAAGACAGGCAUAAAGGAUCUCAACACGGAUGCGUUUCUGCGCGGUCGCAAUUUCUAUUUUCACCAGAGCUGCGCCAAUGUGAUGAGUAGCUAUCGGCUCAACAAGGAGCUGCUCAGUCAGGCCCAAGCUCAGAGAGAGGCUGCCGCAAAUACGGCAACGCCGCGCAGCCUGUCGCCGUCGCCCGCCCAGUCGCCGCAACAGAGCGUUGCCACCCAGGCCAUGGAGUAGAUGGAUGGCGAAAUGAGCAAUCAAAGCGUGAAUUUAUUACAGUUAAUUAAUUCAAAUAUUGUGGUAGCUAAUGAAACGAGUUAAACAAAUAUCAUGUUUAAUUGAGCACGUCAAGCGGUCGCCCAAAGGUGGGCAACACUUUUUUUCAUUGGUUUUACGCGUCGCCAAAUAGCGAGCAACACUUUUUUUUAUUUUCUCGUUUUGAUUUUCGCUCUGUAAAUUUGCGUGUGUCAAUUGUUUUCGUUUUCGAAAUUAACAAAUUAAUUUCCUCGCAUCAAUGUUUAGUGCAAUUUUGUGUUGCCUUUUAGCUGUUUCGGAAGCAGCUCUAUUAUUAUUAUUAUAUUUUUUCCGUUUUUAGUAUGCAAAAUUCUUGAAUGUGCUAUAAUUGUUAAAUACAAAUGAAAUUAGUUAUCA